CAAAAAAAAAUUGAAGCCAAAACCAUCACCUUUUUUUUUUGUCUUAAUCCCCCACCCUCCCCGGGAACUCUUCUCUCUCUCGAUCUCUCGAUCCGCCAUGAAAACCUUGGCAAGAAAUCAAAAGCCCUAAUCCUAGAUCAUUCGGAGAGCCCAAGUUUCAAAACCCUACAAUCACGGCCGCGUUGCCCCUCCGCCCGGCCAUGGCAGCUCUUCGCCCUCCGCCGCUGGAGCUCGUCCUGCCGACGGCCGCCCAGAUCGAGCGCGCCUGGCACCUCCUCACCGUCCUUGUCCGCCUCGGCCGCCCCGCCCGCCCCGCCGAGCUAGCCUCUCGGUGUGCGCUCUCCCCUUCCCCUUCGCCCGAUCUCGUGGAAUUUCUCUGCUGGAUUCGUGGAUCCCCGCUGCUCCUCACGGAUGGUGGUUUUGUUACGCUCUCCGAGACGGCGAUCACCGCUUUCCAGGAGUUCGUUUCGAGCGCGGUCGGUCCUUUUGUGUCGAGGGUUGCGGUUAGGGUUACGGGGCAGAGGGGAGCGUGGAAAGAUUUUUCCUUGACUUAUGUGAGGAAGAGGAAGGCGCGGCCUUUGGGGGAUAAUACAACGGUCCGGGAGCUGAGGGCCAAGAGGAGGCUAUUGCUGCCUUCUGGAAGAGAUGGGGAAGAAUACGUGGAAGGUGAGGGAGACUGCCAUCAAUUGUUUAUGGCAAAUGGGAGCCUCAGCAUUCCAAAGGAGGUGCAUUUUAGUGUUGCUGAUAUUUUUACCAAAAAUGCUCUUUCAAUUGGCACAUGCGCUUAUGGACAUAGCUCAAGCAUUUUAGACCAGAGGUGUUCUUUGUCUCCAUCUAUUGUUACCUCUGGUAUCCUCUUAAAUUUUGAAUCUAGAAAUAUUGAGUAUGUAGGAGAAUGUGAAACUGAGAAGUUAUGCAGGAACACACAGGGCAUAGUCAGGAAUGAGGAGUUACCAGAUUUUCAGGAAUCCAAAAAUAAUUACCAUGAUAUGGAUAUUAAUGCUCAUGUUCCUGAAGCAACUACUCUUGAAAAAAUCAAUAUCAGUGAACUGGAAGUGGCAGUUCAACAGGAUAUAGUGACAGACAAGUCUACCUUACAUAAGGAGAUUUUAAGAGAAGCAAACCGCUCUCAAGUGACCGCACGAUUGCCUGUUAUAAAUGAAUUGAGUUUAACUAGGAACAUCAUUGUAACUGAGAAGGAACUGAGUGUUCUUCCCACAGAAACAGGAACUCUCUAUGGUCUUGCUGCAGGGUUGACAGAGAAAGCAGGAGCCACCAAGGCAAUCUCUUGCCUAGGAGAAGAUGCUUCACACAGUGCUUCUGCCUUAAGAAUAGACCAUCAGAAUUUCAUACCCAUUGAUCAAACAGCUUCCAAGUUGGAAUCAUCUGCAAUACAUCCACGGUCUGAUCCUAAAACUAUCCAUAAACAGAAGAAAAAAUCUUUUGUUAGACCAAGGAACAUGGGUGGAGUUGGUACAACUGUUGGAUUGCAAAGUCUGAAUGGAGUAUCAGAAAAUAGAAAGGAAGGCAACUCUUCUAAACAGGCGCAAGCUAAAAGGGAUGGUGAAGGUCUUAUCAUGAAACAAAAGACGAGGAGAAGCCAUAACCAGGUCAUGCCUACUAAAGAAAACAGGGUUGAUGCUUCUUCAAAAACUCUAAAGUGUCAUUCCGAGCCCAAAUUACUGCCAGAUUUUGAAUCUUUUACCAUAGAAGAAGAAGAAGGUUCAGGUGGUUAUGGCACUGUCUACAGGGCUCGAAGAAAUGCGGAUGGAAAACUAUUUGCUGUCAAGUGUCCUCAUGCAAAUUCUCAUUCACAUCAUGUCAACAAUGAAAUGAAGAUGCUGGAGCGAUUUGGAGGCAGGAACUUUGUGAUAAAAUAUGAAGGCUCUUUCAGAAAUGGUGACUCUGAGUGCUUUGUUCUAGAGCAUGUUGAGCAUGACAGACCAGAGGUUUUGAAAAAGGAAAUAGAUGUAUUUGAACUCCAGUGGUAUGGUUACUGCAUGUUCAGAGCCCUUGCAAGCCUGCAUAAGCAGGGUAUAGUGCACCGAGAUGUCAAACCUGGGAACUUCCUCUUUUCUCGCAAACUCAACAAGGGAUAUCUCAUUGACUUCAACCUAGCAUGUGAUCUGCACCAAAAGUUCUGCAGAAAGAGCAAAAAUGAGGUCAAUUUAAUUGCAAACUUGGAUCCAGCUUCUUUUCCCAAUGCAAAGUCCACCUCUUGUGACCAAGCUAAAAGAAUUUUAAACAAUGCAAUUUUGGACAACGUCACUAAGGAAGCAGCUAAUGACUCAAUGGAACAUCCCUUUUCCAAGAACAUUAAGAAGAGGCCAAAUAAAAGUUCAUUGAAUGCCUUACCGAAAAUUGAAAGCAAAAUGUUAUAUGGAAGCCAAGCUGCUGAUGUUUCUGGGAUAACAUCAACAAAGGAUCCAACUAGCACCAGGACUCCCUCUGCGGAUAGGUUGAAGCAGCCCAUUCCUUGUAAAGGGCGGAAGGAGCUGAUAAAUUUUCUGCAUGAGGCAAUGCAAAGUCCCAAUCAAAAGGCAGCAACAGUUCCAGCUUCUCAAAGGAAGAGGGUGGCUGCACCUUUGGGCAAAGUGGAUAGAACAGUAAUAAUGCUAACUCCUAUGCCUCUGCAUUCUGGUGGCAAGGCUGUUGCUGGUGCUGGCAUGUUUAAGAACAAAGGAAGUGGGAAGCAUAAGAGAGAAGGGCCCUGUGUUGGAACCAAAGGCUUCCGGGCUCCCGAGGUCUUGUUCAAGUCUUUUCACCAAGGUUGCAAAGUUGAUGUCUGGUCUGCUGGUGUUACAUUACUCUACUUGAUGAUUGGAAGAACACCAUUUGGUGGUGAUCCUGAACAAAAUAUAAAGGAAAUAGCGAAGUUGAGGGGCAGUGAAGAGCUAUGGGAAGUGGCUAAGCUACACAACUGCGAAUCCUCAUUUCCUUUGGAAUUGUUUGAUGUCCGUUCUCUACAAUCCAUGGAUCUGAGAGAAUGGUGUGCAGCUAACACUAGAAGGCUCGAGUUCCUUGAUGCAGUUCCUGAAUCACUCUUUGAUCUCGUAGACAAAUGCUUGACAGUGAACCCAAGGAGCAGGAUCACUGCAGAGGAAGCUCUGAUGCAUGACUUCUUUGUUCCAUGCCAUGAGAGCCUAAGAAAGCAGAGGAUGCUGAGAAGGGCAGCUGGCUCAGAGUCUGGAAGCUCAUCAUUAUGAGAUGUUUGAUUCAUCUUGCUAGAAUCAUGCCCUGCUAACAAGCAUGUUGUUACUCUACAAAGAAAGGCUCGGAAUAUUUUCUUAAACCAUCAACGUUUCCUGAUAUCCGGAAUCUUCUUACAAUUGUAAAGAUUCCACCAUGCCUCAGUUGUACAUCCUCAUCUCAGCAGAUUGCCCAGCUCGCUCACUAUUGUUGUUUGCUUGUAUUAAAUUCAUGUAUUAAUUAAUAGAAAUUCAGCCAUGCUAGAUCAAUGGUCCAUGAUGUCCUGCAAAAAUAAAAAGGUCAUCUUACUUUGGAUCAAACUUGUACGCUGUGGAGAGGCGAUGUAUUUUUAAACUGUUGCAAGUUGGUUGUUUGCAGGAAAUAUGCAUUCGCGAGAGUCAUGGCUA